AUGAAUGCUCUCAGCUUUUCUCCACCUUUACUUGAUUCUACUUUCCCACCAACACAACUUCCUGGUUUUCGCAGUCUAGGCAAUGGUUUGAUGCCUCUCCCUAUUCCAGGCGUCAUUUUUUGUGGACCAGGAGCAAGACAUCCACCUCAUACUUCUCCCAAUAUCAAGAUUCCAGAGGAGGGUUUCGGAGUCGCCGCUCUCGAUAUCGUGAUGACGAUUAAGAAAGUCGGUUUGAUCGGUAAGUUGAUUCUAUACUAUUUAACUCUCUACUCACUAUUUACAACACUUUUGCACUCAAAUUGA